CGUCCCUCCGAUCCGAACGUCCUCCUCUUCAUCAUUCCAUCAGAGCCUUUUCAUCACCGACGCUCCCGUCCACCUGUCCCUCCUUCGUUUAGACACCUUUGAAGAAAACUGAAAUGGCGAGCAGCUUCUCAAGAAUCUUGUCCUCCAGACGAAACAUUGGGAUCCUGUCGUUGGUCGGUGGCUCUGUAACGGCUGGAUUUCUGCUCCAUCGGGAACAUGUCAGCGCCGGAGUCCCUGUUCGCAGGAGGUACCCCGCCAGUGCAGAGUACCCUGACCUGCGCAAACACAACAACUGCAUGGCAAGCAACCUGACACCUGCCAUCUAUGCCAAGUUGUGUGAUAAGGCCACUCCCAACGGUUUUACACUGGACCAGGCCAUCCAGACGGGCGUGGACAACCCUGGGCACCCCUUCAUCAAGACUGUUGGCAUGGUGGCAGGAGAUGAGGAGUCUUAUGAGGUAUUUGCAGAACUGUUGGACCCCGUCAUCAAAGAGAGGCACAACGGCUAUGACCCCCGCGCCAUGAAGCACCCCACUGACCUGGACGCCAGCAAGCUCCAGUCGGGCAAUUUUGAUGAGCGUUACGUGCUGUCAUCCAGAGUGAGAACGGGCCGCAGUAUCCGAGGACUAAGCCUGCCUCCCGCCUGCACUCGGGCAGAGCGCAGAGAGGUGGAGAGGGUGGUGGUGGACGCCCUCGCCGGCCUGAAGGAAGACCUGGCCGGGAGGUACUACAGUCUUACCCAGAUGACAGAAAAGGAGCAGCAGCAGCUCAUUGAUGACCAUUUCCUGUUUGACAAACCGGUGUCACCCCUGCUGACAUGUGCAGGUAUGGCUCGUGACUGGCCAGAUGCCCGUGGUAUCUGGCACAACAACGAAAAGACCUUCCUGGUUUGGGUCAAUGAGGAGGAUCACACCAGGGUCAUCUCCAUGGAGAAGGGAGGGAACAUGAAGAGAGUCUUUGAGAGGUUCUGCAGAGGCCUCAAGGAGGUGGAGCGUCUGAUCCAGGAGAGAGGCUGGGAGUUCAUGUGGAACGAGAGGCUGGGUUACAUCCUCACCUGCCCCUCCAACCUGGGCACAGGACUCAGGGCCGGGGUCCACGUCAAACUGCCCCUGCUGAGCAAGGAUCCUCGCUUCAGUAAGAUCCUGAGCAACCUCCGUCUGCAGAAGAGAGGGACAGGCGGAGUGGACACCGCCGCUGUGGGCGGUGUGUUCGACAUCUCCAACCUGGACCGCCUUGGACAGUCUGAGGUCCAGCUGGUGCAGACUGUGGUCGACGGUGUCAACUACCUGAUCGAGUGCGAGAGGAGACUGGAGAAAGGCCAGGACAUUAAGGUGCCCUCACCCAUCAAGCAGUUCAAGUAGACACUGAUCCCUGACCUCACCCCACAAACCUCCGGGCACACGCACACACGCACCAACACUGCGCUCUGUGCCCAUAGAUAUUCUAAAUAUCUAUGUCAUUGCCUCAUUUAUGACUACUACUUAUCUAAUCACCCCUCUCUGCCCUCCCACUAUACCUCUCUAUAAUAUAAUCUUACAUAUAUUAUACGCAUUUAUCUGGCUGAACCGGACUCCCUGAAUCCUGCAUUGGGCUUAAGUGUGUUUCAGUUGUUGUUUUUUAUCUUUAAACUUAAUUUCCAACCUAGCUCUAAAUUUGAAGUACCGAUUAAUGAAGGAUGUACAAGCUGCAGUCUCUUGUAACAGAGCAAAGCUGGCCGCGGGUUUGCCCAUCUCUGCACGGCCAAACAAUAAGUAAGGCUCCGCUCCCAAAGCACUCCUGAGCCCACCACACCUUAGCUUCGCCACGCCUCUGUCCCCUCCUGCCGCAUGUCCCACACUCAGCCUGUCAUUCCCGUGUGUUGUUUGGUCACUCCUUUUAUCCGGUGCUUGCAUAGUCCAUCCGUUUGUGCUCUACUUUCCAUUGUGGAUUGUGUGUACGCUGUUUCUUUUCACCAUUUUGAGUGUGAUUUGAAUGUAGACUUAACAGAGCAAGAGACGUGUAUUCUCUCGAGGAAUUGAGUGUUUGAUGACGCGCUUGGUGUCAAAAUGAAAUGUCUUAACGCCGGCUGGAUUCUGUACUGUAAGCUACUGAAGCAAUAUCAUUCCAGCUCAUCACUGAAUGUCACACUGUAAUGUCUUUUAUUAAAGAAAUCAUCUAUUUAACAGUA